AGUGUCACGUGAUCCAAGAGCAGUGGUAUCAUCAUCAUCAUCAAGAGGCAGUUUCAAUCCUCCAUCUGCACUCAGCGGCUUGCACUCUUGUCUGACAACUCGCUUUCGGCUCUCAAUAUUCAAAUCUCGCGGUCCAAUUGCCACCGGUUGAGUGAAAAGUGCGCGAUAUUUGAAUCGCUCAAAUCCACAUAUUUUGAGCUUUGAGGACGCUUGCGGUCAUUGACUAGUAAAAAUGCCGGCCAGAAACAAGGAGCAGGAGCAAGAAGUGAUCGAAUGGAUAGAGACAGUGAUCGGUGAGAAAUUGCCCAGUCAGCCCUACGAAGACGUGUUGAAAGAUGGCGUGGUGCUCUGUAACCUCAUCAACAAGAUUGCUCCCGGAUCAGUCAAGAAAAUUCAAACAAAAGGAACCAACUUCCAACUGAUGGAGAAUAUCCAAAGAUUCCAAGCAGCCGUGAAGAAAUAUGGUGUACCAGAAGAAGAAAUUUUCCAAACAGCAGAUCUUUUCGAACGAAGAAAUAUUCCUCAAGUGACAUUAUGUCUGUAUUCUCUUGGAAGAAUAACACAACUACAUCCUGAAUACACAGGACCAAGACUGGGUCCCAAAAUGGCUGACAAAAAUGAACGACAAUUCACGGAGGAGCAGUUGAAGGCCUCUGAAGCUCACUUGGGUCUGCAAAUGGGAUUCAACAAGGGAGCAUCACAGUCAGGCCAUGGAGGAUUUGGAAACACCAGGCAUAUGUGAACCAAAGCACAUUCACAUGUUCCAGUGUUCGUUUAUGUUAAUCAAAUAAUUACAUUUUUUUGAUAAUUGCAAAACAUGAAGCUUCAGAGUAAGAGUGGUUAGGAAUAAGAAGAAUCAGAAGCAUUGAUUUUCAUAAUAAGACUGCUUUUGAGAAUACAAAAAGAGAAAUAAGUUCCACAAUAUUAUUUAUUUCAAUAAUGAAUUGAGCAAUUUUUGAGAGUACCUAUUCUAAUAUUAUUCAAGAGAGUAAGAGAAUAUGUGAAUUUUAUUAUUCAAUUUUCAUUGGAGUUCUAUUCUAUAUUAAAGCAAAACUCGUUCAAAAUAGCAAAAGCCUCAAAAUAGUCUACUGUAGUGAACUCGCACAAAAUGAUUUUUUAUUCUAGUAGUACUGGGAAUAAAUGGGCUUCUAGCCUACAUAAUCAGGAAUCUAGGUAAGAUUUGAAUUCUUCAUUAAAACCCACUUUGUGUGAGGAAAUAUUGUAUUCUGUACAAAGCUGGAGAACUCAACUAGCCUAUUUAUGAUAUGAAGAUUCCUUAAAAAAGUUAGAGAUUGGAAUAAUAUGAGGUGUUCAUUCAUUAUCAUUCUUGUGAAUUCUAUACCGUAGAUAGAAUUGAGAUUAAAUAAUAGACUAGAAUGAGGCUUAUUCGCAAUAUACAUCAGCUUUACAGUCUACAGCCUCUCAAAUGAAAUAGCAGAUUAAUAAGUUGUGAUUCCUCAAAAAAAAAAAAAAUGAAUAGCAGUAUUGUAUUAUUUUUCAAUUAUGAUAAGAUGAUAGAGGUAUGAUGAACUUCCACUAUCAUUAAUCGACUAUUUCAAAUUAAUAUUGGAUUCUUGAAUAUUUUUUAAAAGCAAAACAUAAUAUAUAUUGGCAAUUCUAAAUCAAUCAUGCUGUUAUGAACUAUUUGUGAACUUUCCAAGAGGUGUUAUAGUUUUAUAAAUAAUUGCUUAUUGUGUAACAAAUAUAACUCGAUCAGUAAUCAA